AUGGAUAAUGGGGGAGAUUUGGUUGUGGGGACACAACUAGGAAAGAGGAAGAGAGCUCUUUUAGAAGAGGACGAGGAGACUGAGGUUGCUGACCUGUGUACUGAAAGUCAGGAUAAUCAUGAGGUGUGUAGCAGGUGUGGGGGAACUCAUAGAUUUGCUUAUCACAGGUCAUUUCAAGUCCAGUUGUCCUACUUUGGAUGCGGAGGGAGUUCAGGUACCAACGUUCAUCGUUCCUCUGGAGGUCAAGGUCGAGCCACAAUAAAUCUCUGUUGUCUUCACCCUUCCAUGUCACAACCCAACACCACCACCAACAAUUGCAAUAACAUGGAAAAAAGAAAACUGAUAUGGAGAAAGAGACUAGGCGGGGAAGAAGAUGGAGUGGGGCUGUUUGAGGACCAGAUUGAGUUCAAUUCAUAUAGGGAUAACGCAUUUGAGGACGAGGUGGAGGAUACUAACGAAGAUUUAUUUGAUAAAUUGGUCGACGAUGACGAUGAUGGUUAUAAGGUCACCCCAUUAUCCUCAGAAACGACCAAAUUAGUUGAUGGGAACGAUUCUGAUGAUGCUAAAGCUUUUGCUAAUUUAGGUAUCAAUGAUGUUAGCACUAAAGUCGAAGAUUUGGGGAAAGUAGGCGUUGAGAUCCCCAAACCGAAGUCUAUCAUACAAAUAUCCGGUAAUGACUCGGUUGAUUCUGAAGAUUCCUAUAAGUUCGAAAACCCUAAGAUAACUUUUUGUUGAAUUAGCCUCUGCAUAUUUCAAUGUCAGCAAAGAAAAUUAUAGCUAUAUGCCAGUCUGGAGGUGAAUUUCAGACUGAAAAAGAUGGUUCCAUGUCGUACAGUGGUGGGGAGGCAUAUGCUGUUGAUCUUGAUAUAGAUACACAAGUAAUUGAUUUCAAACAGGAUUUAGCAGAAACAUUUGGAUACAGUGUUGACAACAUGCUGAUCAAAUACUUUCUCCCUGGAAACAAAAAGACACUUAUCAUGAUAUCUAAAGACAAAGAUCUUAAGCGCAUGAUUAACUUCUUUGCUGACACUGAUCAAGUUGACGUCUUUGUCAUGCCAAAUGAAAGUGGCAGGGUAGCCCCGAAUCUCUCCAACAUGCCUGCUACUGCUAGUAGGUAGUUUAGCACUUGUUAUUUCUUUCAUUCAUUUUUUUUCUUGCAAGAUACUCAGAUGUUUCCUUUUCGAAGCUUAAAUUCCAAAUCUUUUUACUAUAUGAACAACUCUGGUGCUACUACUACACUAAACAACUAGCCAGAUGACCACUGUUUCUGGGACUAAUUAGCAUGCUUAAUUGAAUUUUGUUAGCUUAAGUUUUUCAUAUACUUUAAUAACAUAAUCUUAAAGCUGUUAAUGUUAGUUUUGAGUUUUGCACAUUUAGUAUGCUUAAUAGUUCUUGUUUGGAACAUACAAUAAUCGUA